AUGCCGUAUGCGAGCAGGCCGAUCAAUCCGUUUGUCGACAUCGAGGCUGGUGUGGACGACGACGACGAGGAGACCCUGGAGGAGGAGGAGGAGGAGGAGGAGGAGGAGGCGGUUGUAGAAAAGGAUGACGUGGAAGAGGAGGACGAGGAGGAGGUCGUGGCAGAGGAGGCCGUGGAAGAGGGGGACGAGGAGGACGAGGACGAGGACGAGGAGAUCUCAGGCGAGUAUGUGGCUUUCGCCACGAGUUCUGAAGACGACGGUGUGGGCGACCUUUCCUCAUAUCGGUUGUGGAGUUCAUCUGAUGCCGAAGACGUGAAUCCAGAGGAUAUAGCCUCUCACUACCAACGUAGAGCUCGCAUGGAGGAUGUCAGCGUUCUUGCGAUGGACAACCAUGUACCGGAGACUCGCUUUCCUCCCGGUUUGGGAGACCCUGGCCUCUGGAUGGUCAAAACAAGGGAUAUUUCGCAGCGGAAUCGCGCUUUUGAGGCGCUGAUGCUUAUGCACGAUGCACUAGCUGCGGGUCCAGUGGAUGAAACGCAGGCUGCGGAUCAGCGCGACCUUUUUGUUGCAGGGACGUCUGGCGCACAAGCGACUGGGACCGUCUCACCGAUGACAAUGGCUCGUACGGCGAAGACCCCGGCUGUACAUUCAAUCUCUCUCUGCGUAGGAGGAGUGCACCUCGACCAUGCAGAUCGUAUCUACAUCGAGGCCCAGGGCCCCAUCAACGUCGCACAUGCAUGCUCUAUGGCGACGCAUCUUCUUCGUCAAAUUAAACUGCUCUACAUACCACCGGAUGAGAGGAUUAGCGCCUUUAGCAUCGGGUCCACGAAUAUUCGAGCACAUACUUUCACUAGGCUCCAAUUUGGGAGGCUGUACAAGGGAGACCUCAUGUACGUUGAAGAUGUACAGCAGGGCGCGGUGGUCUGGGCGGUUCCGCGAGUCUCGUACGGAAACAAAAGGUCAUUGCGGCCUGCAGCACGCCCGUUUGAUCCCGCAGCGGCUUCGGAACAUUGCGGUCAUGAGUCCGUCAAGAAGAAGAGCCGCAAAGGCAAAGGCAAAGGCAAAGCAAGUUCAGAAACGAUCGGAGAGCAGACUGCUGUCGAUUACAUAUUCCGCGGGAAACGGUUCAGAGACGGGCUUGUGCGAUUGAAAUAUGAGACUCGUUAUCUAGGUCCCCUAAUUCCUGCUCCAAGCGAAGACGAUAUCGAACCAUUCGUUGGUCCUGACUGGAUACCGCAGGAAGCCAUCGAAGACAUGAUUCAUCUCUCAAAUAUGGCCAGUCUAUCCCCACGCGAUUGCAUUCGCGUGACAGGUGGGGAACUGUCUGGCCUGGAAGGAGUCAUCGAUAGUGUGACGGAUAGAACCGCCACAAUCCUAUAUGGUCGUGAUUCAGCCGAGUCGACAGUUGUGUCCUUGGGCAGUCUCGAGAGGAUUUUCAAGCCAGGCGAUGCAGUAAAGGUACUCGUCCAUCAUCAUGAGCACGAGAAUAUAGAGAUUACAGUGAGGACUCAUGACAUGAAGAUGCACAGCGUUCCAUUCCGAUUCGUCACUGUGCCAGAAGAGGUGCAGAACUCGCACAGUCCUUCUGAGGAGCAGAGAACCAGACGUUCAGCCGCUGAGGAGUCCGAUGCGCACAAAGCUGGAUUGCCCGAUGAUGGUCCACUUACCGAUGCCGCGCUCGAGCCGUACAUUAUGCAUAUGGUCACGAUCAUUCGGGGCGGACACAAGGGUUACAGAGGAUUACUCAAAAGCGUUUAUCGGGGCCGUUUGGCAGUCGAGCUUGGUUAUCCGAGGUGUAGAGUGGUCUCAUUCCGCCAGGAGGAGGUUGGUCUACUCAGGUGA